AUGGGUAUACUUGCACAUAUUGAAGGAGCUUCCCAACUGGGGAUUGAAGUUCGAAAGGAAGCUGAUUUUUCUACUUGGUAUACUCAGGUAUUAAAACGUUCAGAGAUGUUGGAGUAUUAUGAAGAGGUUUCUGGUUGUUACAUAUUAAGACCUUUAGCAUAUAACAUAUGGCAAGAAAUUCAAAAAUUUUUUGAUGACGAAAUUAAAGAAAUGGGCGUUGAAGAUACUUAUUUUCCUAUGUUUGUAUCACAACGUCAAUUGGAAAAAGAAAAAAAUCAUAUUGAAGGAUUUGCUCCAGAAGUAGCUUGGGUUACAAAAGCAACCAGAGAAUUUUUAUGGCAAGAAGGUCAUACUGCACAUUUUACAAAAAAGGAAGCUGAUGAUGAAGUUCUUGAAAUACUUGAAUUGUAUAGACAAGUCUAUGAAGAUUUGUUGGCAGUACCUGUGAUACGAGGUGUAAAAUCUGAAAAAGAGAAAUUUGCUGGUGGACUUUAUACUACCACUUUGGAAGGUUUCAUACCAACUACAGGUCGUGGUAUACAAGCUGCAACUUCACACUGUCUAGGUCAAAAUUUUUCAAAAAUGUUCGACAUAGUUGUUGAAGAUCCAAAUUCUCCUGCUGCCGAGGGUAGUACGGUAUCCAAGAAAUUACAUGUUUGGCAAAAUUCAUGGGGUUUGACUACUAGAUCUAUUGGUGUUAUGGUGAUGAUUCAUGGUGAUGACAAAGGAUUGGUAUUACCACCAAAAGUUGCCAGUGUACAAGUUAUUGUAAUUCCUUGUGGCAUAACUGUUAAAACCAGCGAGAGUGACAAGAAAGCAGUUGAAGAUAAAGUUCAAGAGGUUAUAAAACAAUUGAAAUCGAUCAAAGUUAAAGCUAAAGCAGAUCUGCGAGAUAAUUAUAGCCCUGGUUAUAAAUAUAAUCAUUGGGAGUUAAGAGGAGUUCCAUUACGUAUAGAAAUUGGACCACGUGAUUUGGCAAGUGAACAAGUGUUAUCUAUUCGUCGUGAUACUGGUGUCAAAGAACCAAUAGCAUUAUCAGAUCUUGAAACGAAAGUUCCUGAAAUACUUCAAACCAUUCAAAAAGAUUUAUUGGACAAAGCCAGAAAAGUUUAUAAUGAACAUGUUAAGAUUGUUUUGAAAUGGGAAGAUUUUGUUCCAACAUUGGAUGGUAAAAAUCUUGCAUUGAUUCCUUGGUGUGAAAAUGGAAAAUGUGAAGACAAAAUCAAAGAAAAUAAAGCAGAAGAUGAUAAAGCUCCAUCAAUGGGCGCAAAAUCAUUAUGCAUUCCAUUUGAACAGCCAAAAGAUACACCAAUUAUAUCUGGUGAAACUAAAUGUGUUGGAUGUGGCGAAUUGGCAAAAAGAUAUGCUUUAUUUGGAAGAAGUUAUUAA